UAUGUUUGAAGUCGCGUUAUGGAGAUCGUGAAAAGUCAAAUGGAGCAAAAAAUAAAGGUCAGAAGGAGUAUCACAUAAGUGGAUAACCAUCUUACACAUAUUGACAUAAUCACUGAUUAUUAAUUAGUGGUAACUGUUAACAAUAUUACAUUAGACUUUGCUUCUGUCGGCUAACUUUGUUGGUAAAGUCUUAAGAUGUGAUACUAGGCCCUUGUCGCCUUGUGCCACUAUAUACUAAAAAAAAAAAAAAAAAAUAAAUAAAAAAAAAAAAGAAGAUGUUUACAUAGUAUUAGUAAGUACUCCGUAUAAAAUUUGAUUACGUAGUACAUAUAGUUAUCUCCUUUGUUAUGUCAUUGUUAUUAUCUUCUCAUCACAUAGUUUAAGGCCUGAUUUAUAAAAUCCAGUCAAGUGCUUGGGUUGUAUAUGUGACAAUUUUUCUAGGACAUCUUAAAUCAAUAUACUUCGUAGUUGAUUAUUAAAGUCCGGAUAGGGGGAGUCCUUGAUUAAAGUCUAGUUGCUUGUCAACAAAAAAAGUCUUACUGUAUUCAGAUAUUGUAUUGCUAUAGUUUUAUUAUGUACAUACUACAUGAUUAUUAUUAAUGUAGUCCUUCCUCACAUUUUAUACAAUCUAUAAGCUAAAAUGCAUAAUCUUCUGCUCAGUAUUUUUCUUAUGAUCAACAUUUUCAAUAACAUUCUUGUUCUUGCUGAUCCACCAUACUGGAAUUGCCCAGAUGCUAACAGCAACAAUAGUACAUCAGAAAAUUUUUUCCAGCAGAAUAUUGACAGUCUUCUAUUUUCAAUCUCUUCAAAUGCUUCUGUCUCUAAAUUCUUUAACACUUCUGCCGGAAAUGGCAGUGUUACAUCAUAUGGGCUUUACCUUUGCUACGAUUAUGUCACACUCGAGACCUGCAGGACAAGCAUGAUCAUGGCAACACAAGCAAUUCGUAGACUUUGUCCGAAUUCAUCUGAUGCAACAGUUUGGGGAGACCAAAGUCUGCUUCGUGUAUCUAAUCAAAGAUUCUUCGGCCAUUUAGAUAUGACUGGAAAUAUCAACAAGUAUAACACAAAAUAUGUAUCAGAACCAGAGAAGUUUAGAACAGUUGUAAACACAAGUUUACAUGACCUUGCUCUGAAGGCUGCUCAUAAUACUUCUUUGAAUCAUAUGUAUGCAACUCAGCUGACGCCUUUUUCAGGGGCACAACAUAUAUAUAGUCUUGUGCAAUGUACUCUAGACCUGUCUCCAAUCGAUUGUCAACGAUGUCUGCACAAGGGUAUAGUAGACGUUCUUGGUUCAGAUAACUAUAAAUUUCGAGGUGGAAGACUUUUUAGUAAAAGCUGUUAUCUAAGGUAUGAGUUCUACGCUUUCUACAAAGGGGAAACGUCAGAAGAUCCUGCAAGUCAGGGUAAGAAAUGGACAACUCGUAUUAUUUCGAUUGGGUUGGCUUGUGUCCUGGCAACUCUUGUAGGAUCUUGUGUGUUCUACAUCAUUCUAAGACGUAAAAAUCAAGCUACAAAUUUUCGAGGAAUGGACAGUCCCUUGUUUGAUUUGGCAAGUAUUCAAGCUGCCACAGAAAACUUCUCUGAAAAACACAAGCUAGGAGAAGGUGGUUUUGGUCCUGUCUUCAAGGGUGUCCUAAAAGACGGUACUAAAGUUGCUGUCAAACGACUCUCCAACACAUCUGAUCAAGGCACAGAAGAAUUCAAAAAUGAAGUUCUGCUAAUCAUGAAGCUUCAACAUAAGAAUCUUGUCAGGCUGUUGGGAUUCUGUGUAGACGGAGCUGAAAGGCUGCUUAUCUAUGAGCUUUUGUCUUCUGGUGACUUAGACUCUUGGCUUUAUGAUCCACAGAAGAGUGCACAGCUUACAUGGAUCAAACGGAUUGAGAUUAUCAAUGGGAUUGCUCAUGGAAUUCUGUAUCUGCACGAGGAUUCCCGACUAAGAAUCAUACACCGAGACUUAAAACCUGGCAAUGUAUUGUUGGACUCUGAUCUGAAUCCUAAGAUUUCUGACUUUGGAAAUGCCAGAAUCUAUGGAACAACAGAAAAUGAAGCAAGCACUAUCACAGUGAUUGGUACAUAUGGAUAUAUGGCACCGGAGUAUGCAAUGGAAGGAAUGUAUUCUGUAAAAUCUGAUGUUUUCAGCUUCGGAAUUAUGUUGCUAGAGAUGAUAACAGGAAGAAAAAGCAUUGGAUUUCAUUUUACUGGGAAUGGUCCGAGCCUCCAAGCUUAUGCAUGGAAAUUAUGGAUCCAAGGAAGGUGGAAAGAAUUGAUGGAACCAAUGUUGACAAGUAAUGAUUCGUGUGAUGUCACUACUGAGUUCUUAAGAUGCUUGCACAUAGGAUUACUAUGUGUUCAAGAGGAUCCGUCUGAACGACCCACAAUGUCAUUCGUGGUUCACAUGUUAAAACACGAAAAUGUAAAUCUUCAUUCUCCAAAACAACCUGCCUUUACUGUUGGAAGAUUUGGUGAUCACUAUGAAACAAGUUCUAGAACACCAACCUCAUUAAGAUGUUUUGCCCUUUCAGAUAUUUCUGCUCGAAACAUGAAGAGUUGCGAAAUACUAUCAUUUAAUCAUUUUUUGGUACUUUUGUAUUUUCUGUCAGCAACUGUCUUAAGUUCAGAUCACAUCUCUAUUUCCUGUCCUGCAAAUGAAAAUGGAAAUGAAAAUUAUGCAGCAAAUAGCCGGUUUGAACUUAAUCUUAGAACCCUCCUCGAUUCUCUUCCUUCGAAUACAUCCAUUUCAGGUUUUUAUAAUGGUUCUGCAGGGAGUGAUCCUAAUAAAGUAUAUGCUCAAGCACUUUGCAGGGGAGAUGUUUCAGCAUCUGAUUGUGAACUCUGUGUUCAGAACGCAAGCCUUGAAAUUUUCCGACAGUGUAAAGCAAUAGAAGCAACUAUAUGGCUUGAUUUAUGUCAAGUUCAUUACUCAUACUACAUGUUUUUCUCCUCCAUGACUUACGGAGGAAAGUAUGAAAAUGAGAAUCUUACGGUCAAUCCUGCAAUAUCUAGUAAGGUUUUGUCGCGUCUAAUGCAUGAACUAUCGUUUGAGGCUGCUUCUAAUUCUUCUAGUCAAAUGUUUUCUGUUGGAAGAACGAAAGUUUCAGACUACACGAUAUAUGGACUAGUGCAAUGUACUAGAGAUAUCUCCCCUUCUGAUUGCAGCAAUUGUCUGAAUUCGGCAUUUGGAGAUCUUGAUGGGUGUUGCUCUUUGCAUCAAGGAGGAUCAAUUCUUAGCUUCAGUUGUAGUAUGAGAUUUGAGGCAUACCGCUUUUAUAAUGCCACUGCUGUCAACGAGAUAUUCGUUCCCUCCGAGAGCAGAAGCAGAACCUGGGUGCUGAUCAUAGCAAUUGGUGUUCCAACAUUACUUGUUAUAAUUAUUGCUGCAUUUUUUGCUGUCUAUUAUCGGAUGAAGGUACAAAAGGGUAAGGACUUGAACCAAAGUGAGAUGAUGUCGGCCUUAACCAUUCCUAAAGAUGUGGUGAUAACAAAAGAAGGUAACUUAGUAAGUACCGAAGGAUUGACAUCUAUGGAUUUAGCUACUCUGAAAGAUGCCACAGAUAACUUUUCUGAUUCAAAGUUGCUCGGACAAGGAGGUUUUGGUGCUGUCUAUGAGGGCCGUCUUCCUGAUGGAACAAAACUAGCUGUUAAAAGGUUGGCAAGAAGAACUUGGCAAGGGGGAGAAGAAUUAAAAAACGAGAUCAUAUUGAUGGCAAAUCUCCAGCACAGGAACCUUGUCAGAUUGUUAGGAUGUGGAAUUCAAGGCCAAGAAAAGAUUCUAAUAUAUGAAUUAUUGCCAAAUAAAAGCCUUGAAUUGUAUAUUUAUGAUGCAGAGAAGCGUGUAGACCUGAGCUGGGAGGCACGAUUCAAUAUCAUUAAUGGAAUUGCUCGAGGACUUCUAUAUCUUCAUGAUGGUGCCAGGAUAAGGAUCAUUCACCGGGAUCUGAAGCCUAGUAAUGUUCUGUUGGAUCAAGAUAUGAAUGCAAAAAUUUCCGACUUUGGCAUAGCAAGGAUAUUUUGUGUUGAUCAAAACAUAGCCAACACAAAGAGAGUUGUCGGUACCUAUGGAUAUAUGGCGCCAGAGUAUGCAAUGGAAGGCCUGUUUUCAGUAAAAUCUGAUGUGUUCAGCUUUGGAGUUAUUGUUCUAGAGAUCAUCAGUGGGAUACGUAGCAGUCGAUACUUCAAAGAGCAUUCUAAGUCACUUGUUUCAUAUGCAUGGAAGCUGUGGAAUGAAGGCAGAGAGUUAGAAUUCGUUGACUCGUUACUAGCUGUGCCAUGUUCAAUGGAAGAGGUGCUAAGAUGCCUUCAUAUCGCGCUUCUUUGUGUGCAAGAGGACCCCACAGAAAGACCUGCUAUGGCAACUGUGGUUUCUUUACUCAGUGGUGAAUCAUUGACUCUCCCUCAACCAAAUGUACUUUCGAUUUCUGUAAGACAUGAUGCUGAUCAUAUGAUAGCUGCUAGUAAUUCUUCUGUAAAUGAUCUAACAACCUCGACAGUAGUUCCUAGAUAACAUUGAUUAUAUUUGUAAUCAAAUAAUCACAGCUUUGCUACAUAUACAACAAUUGCCAAUUGGUGUGUAGUCUUGUAAAGUAUACAAUGUAAUUAUCACUCCUGUUUCACUUACUAAAA